GGCGGCCACACUACUCUUUCUACUGUCACUGAACUUGGCGGUCACAAGUUGUAAAAAUACCACAGAAAUGCAUAGAAUAGUAACUGAUCUCCUGGCGGAAAAUAAAUAUGACGGAGAAGUUCGACCAAAUAUCGAAACUGGACAACCAGUAGUGUGCUUAGUAAACUUUCGGAUAAAUUCUAUGUCAGCUCUGAGAGAAACGUCAAUGGAGUACGAUAUGAACAUCUACCUCCGUUUAACUUGGAAUGAUCCUCGUCUAUCAUUCUCUCAUAUGAAGGAAUACGAGAAUGAAACGUAUACUCUCUCGCACAAACAAUUUGAAAAAUUGUGGAUCCCUGAUGUUUUCAUUAAAAAUGAAAAAGCUGGUCGUUUGCAUAAUAUGAUUGUACCGAACCGUUUAAUGCGUCUCUUCGCAAAUGGCGAUAUUCUCUUUAGCCAGAGACUAAGUUUAUCCCUGGCUUGCGUAUUAGACCUGGUUAAAUUUCCCUUGGAUAAUCAAACGUGCAAAGUCACUUUUGCUAGCUAUGGUCAUACGACCGAUGAUCUGGAAAUAAUAUGGGACUAUACUAGAUGGCCAACUACAAUAUCGCCAUCUUUAGACGUUCCCGAAUUCAAGUUAAUUGACGUUACCAACCAUAAUUGCAUUUCUAAAACUUCAACCGGCAACUUUUCGUGUUUGGAGGCGAUUUUAUACUUUCAGAGAAAGAUGGAAUAUUAUCUUAUACAAGUCUAUUUGCCGAGUAGUUUGGUUGUUGUUUUGUCGUGGUUGUCGUUUUGGAUUGAUAUAGAAGCGGUACCUGCACGGAUAUCCUUAGGUCUUUUAACCGUUCUAACAAUGAGCACUCAGAAUUCGGAUUUCGCUUCUCAAAUGCCUCGAUUGUCUUACGUAAAAGCGGUGGACGUAUGGAUGGUCAUGUGCUUGGUUUUCGUAUUCGGAGCGUUACUUGAAUACGCUCUGGUCAAUAUUUUGGCUAGGAAACAAAAGCCUAAACAGGAUAAAUUUCUAUCGGCGCUCGUUAAGCAGGCGACGUUGACUGGUCUGCAAAUCUCUGACAAACAAGUACCAGUCAGAAGGCAAGCGAGAUUAGGCAAUUCGAAUAAAAUUGAAGAAGAGACCGAAAUCUUUAAAGAGAAUUGCGCGGAUGACGAUAAGGAAAAGAGUAACGUAACUGAAAAAUUGAACAGAAAUAGAGCUCAAUUCGUGGAUAAAUUUAGCCGAUAUGCCUUUCCUCUAUCUUUCGGCCUAUUUAACCUCUUCUAUUGGAUCUAUUACAGUUAUAUUUAACACUUGUAUAAAGCAAUAUUAAUAAUAAUAUAAAUAAAACUAUUAAUAAAAUUAUAAUAAUAAUAUUAUUAAUAUGAAAGAGACGAAGAAGAAGAAACAUGGAAAAAGAAGAAGGAGGAGAAGAAGAAGAAGCCGAGCAAGAAGAAGAAGAAGAAGAAGAAGAAGAAGAAGAAGAAGAAGAAGAAGAAGAAGAAGAAGAAGAAGGAUAAAGAAAGAGUAAAGCAGAAAUAAUCUGAAAAAGACGUAAAAUAUGCAAAAAAAAGCUAUUGUCUUUUGCAGUUGUAGACUGUGACCAUCCUAAUAGAAAGUAAUAUUUUCCUCAGUGUCUUUGAUUCACUUAGUCCGUUAAAUAAAUUCAUUCGAAAUUUUAUCAAAUGAACUUGGAAUAAGCGUCAGAUGGCACUAGCUGGCAGUUGGACUGCCUAACUGUAGGAAAAUAGAGGUUGAGACAUCUAUAUUUAAUGGCAAACAUAAAUUGUUGAAAAGACUUUUGAUUUUGUUUGUAUUUCUUUUAUACUUGAGAGAAAGAAGGAACAAAGUAAAAUAAAAUUUAAGCCUAAUAUUAGAAGCGUUUCGUCUACACCCCAAACCAAACAGUGGUUAGUAAUUGACUUACAAAACGCUCCUUUGAAAAAAGAAUGCCAGUUCGACUAUAAAUGAUUCAAUACUGUCGAUUUUUUUACUUACUCUUUCCCAUGUUCGAUUUACGGAA